UAGAGAGCUUCCAUAACAAGACAAAGCCAAAGAGAAAAACAGAUUGCUAGAUCUUAUAGAGAAAAAAAUCAAUUGUCCUCAAAUCAAAAUCCGAAGAAGAAUGAGUUGGUGGGGAGUGAAGGGAGGAGGAUGGGGAAUGGUGGAAGAAGUUUGGAGAAAAGGUCCAUGGACCGCCGAAGAAGAUCGUCUCUUGAUCGAAUACGUCCGUGUUCACGGUGAAGGUCGUUGGAACUCUGUCUCUAAACUCGCAGGUUUGUCGAUGGCUUUUAUCUUAAGUAUUAGGGUUUUGUAUAGGUGGUCAACAAUUGCACGUAGUUUACCAGGAAGAACAGACAAUGAGAUCAAGAACUAUUGGAGAACCCAUUUCAAGAAAAAGGCAAAGCCUACGACUAACAAUGCGGAGAAGAUAAAGAGUCGUCUCCUAAAAAGGCAACAAUUCAAGGAACAGAGAGAAAUAGAGUUGCAACAAGAACAACAGUUGUUUCAGUUCAACCAACUCGAUAUGAAAAAGAUCAUCUCUUUACUCGAAGAUAACAAUAGCAGUAGCAGCAGCGAUGGCGGUGGUGAUGUGUUCUAUUCUCCUCAUCAAAUAACACAUUCAUCAAAACCCUUUGGAUAUAACCCUAAUUCGUUGGAAGAGCAGUUACAAGGGAGAUUUGCUCCGGUAAACAUACCUGACGCUAAUACUAUGAGCGAAGACAAUGCGAUAUGGGACGGGUUUUGGAACAUGGAUGUUGUAGAUGGACAUGGUGGGAACUUGGGUGUUGUUGCUGCUACUGCUGCUUGUGGCCCAAGGAAGCCCUAUUUCCAUAACUUGGUGAUUCCAUUUUGUUAAGUAUUUUUGGAGUUUGGUUUUCUGUCUUUUCAGCAUUUGGUUUGGUAACUAGUUUCUAAUGCUAUGAGCCUAUAUAAGUAGUUUGUGAUGAAGUGUGUGUGUGAUGUAAGAGGAAUACUUUAAGUUAAG